AUGCAGACAGGAGACAUCAUGAUGGGCUAUUCGCCCGUAUCUGAGUCGACCACCGUGUCCGUGUCUUCACCUAGUCGUUCGCCUGUGCCACGACCGCUUCAAAAUGGUCGGUCGGGUGGCUCGAUCAGCAGUAGUGAUGCCACAAUGACUGAUGCACACUACAACCAGGAGAUCCAGGCCCCACGGGCUUGUGAGAAGUGCAGGGCGUCCAAGAGGAAAUGUGACAAGAAAUUACCAUCUUGUGACAGGUGUAGGAGGUUGAAUGCAAAGUGCCAUUACAUCCAGGAUCCAAAUUUCAAUAAUGUAAACCCCAAUGGUGGUGCACAGGUCGUCUUCCUACAGCAAUCUCACUCCCUUGCGAGUGACAUUCUCUUCCGUGGUGCUGAACCCCUUGAAGGUAUUUCUGCUGCCCAGAUUUUAUCUCUGGUAUCGUUAGACACGCCUGCAGGAGGAUCACAGCAUGACUACCGUCAUUCUGUAUCACUAUAUUUCAAUUUCAUCCACCCCUGGUAUGGAGUUGUCCAUCCGACUCUGUUCUAUAGGCAAUUACCAAGCAUGCUGGGGUCGGGCGACUCUCGCUCUCCUCCAGAUAUGGAAUCUUCGCCGUUCUCGCAUGGUACGGUGGACCAUCAAGUCGCGGGACCGAAAAGUCAGUCGGAUCAUACUGGAAGUCCGGAAUUAGCCUCCAAGGAGUUCGCUCUUCUCGUUGUUCUCAUGAACCUCACUAUUCGCAUGCGUCUCACCGAUGCUGGCGAGCAGCACAUGUUUGAUGAGACAUAUCGAACAGUCAAGCGCAUACUUGCUUUGCUGCUCAUGGUUUGCGCCGAUGGCCCCCAUCCGACGGUUGAGCUUGUCCAAUGUGGCGCAUUGAUGGCCUUGUACGAAUAUGGCCACGGCGAGAUAGAGACGGCAUAUCAGACGCUGAGUCAGGUUGCGCCGGUGGCCCGAGUUCUAGGAAUCUCCGCCACACAGAAGGGAGAUAGCGGGAUUGAUGAUGUGCCACUGACUCUAGAAGAGGAGCAACGGAAUUGUCUGUGGUGGGGGUUGUUCAUUCUUGAACAAUUCAUUCUUCAGGACGAUGCUAUGAGACACCUACCGUUUGUCUUCGAGAGUCCAAGUCGGACGACUUUACUUCCUGAAUCACAAACCAUGGCGACACCUCUUCUCCCGUCAUCACUAACGCCCAGGCCGACACUCCCAAGUUCUCGCCUAUUAACCACCGAGGUAGCAGUCGGAUCACAGAAACUGGGCUCCUUCCAAUUAUCAGCCAAGGCGGCUAGCAUAUUUCAUAGAGCCCUAUAUAUCGAUAAGGAGAGGCGGAAGCGGCCGACCGAGAAACCUCUCGUGAGCGCAUUCACUGAGCUUGAUAAUGAGAUUAGGAUUGCGACAAAGAGUCUUCUAGAGCAAAGCCUCGACUGGGAGACGAAGCUCGACUGUUUUGCUAUGCUUAUAGGCGCCCUUUUCGUUCUAUAUACCCCGUUUCUCGCUCUUCUAGAGCGAAGUAACCCCGCAGCCAUCGAGUCAGACCCGGAGCUGACGUUCGCGCUUACGGCACUCCGAUUCGCCUGCAAAAUGUCUACCGAGAUAUCGUGCAAGAUCAACACAGACUUUGACUCUCCUUCGCGAUCGCCAGCUGUUCUAUGCGCACCUGCUGGCGCAUCCUGCUAUAGGGUAAUCCUCGCUUAUACAUGCAUCUCCCGUAUCUUUCCAGAGGAGCACGAUGCUUGUCAAAAGGCUAUUACCGAGAAGUUUGAAAGUCUUUGGUUGUUCAGUUUUCGAUGGGGAUUUGCAGAGAAAAUGAUGAGGCAGCUCGAAUAUAGGACAGGGAUCAACCGAAAGCAUUAUCUGAAAAACACAACCAUCUACCCACCGGCACUGGGGUUGGGGUAUGAAUAUUCUCAGCAAUCUUAGAGAAAUGUUCAGGACUUUAGUCCCUUCAAUCCACAAUGCCGCCUUUCAAGUCCAACUAUCUCUAUCGGAAUAUGGAACUGGGAAUUCCCAGUAGAGUCGUCCGGUGAACUGAUUGCCGUGUCUUAAGGAAGGCUGUACGGCUCGCCAUUUGCAAUGGACAUGUCUGUAGCCAAACUGUCCCGCUUCCAUCAUCUAAGGAGGCUAUGCGCAUGGAUUGAGGGGUAUUCUUCACUACUAAACUCACGCAAACAUAGUCCAGAGGCCGCAUGUCAGCGACAAUCGUGACCUAUAAGUACUGAACACGAGGGGAAGAGUGAGGCGAUGGCCACCUAUGUCCAGAGACAGUAUUGAUCUCAGACUUAUCUAAAUUCGGCACGCCUAUCUUAUCUUGCCAGCCUUUUCUCUCCGAGGAAAUACAGCGCCUACUCCUAUGAUUCAUCUCCCGCUCUAACUUCCGUGCUCGAGACGUCUAGUCAAAAUCGAAGUAUCGAUACAAGCCGAGUCGAUGAACCAAGGCUUUGACGCAGCCCACGUUUUCCGAGAAUGAAAUUUUAUUAGGAUCAGAACGGGCAGGGCCGCCUUACAACGGGCACGAACAUAUUCUAAGCAGCAAUUCACAUCACCGCCGAAGACUAAUAGGGAGAUAAAUGAGUACAACACUUAUGGUCGCACGACA